AUGGCUACUAAGAUAGUGAAGUCAACGCUAGUUUGGGCUAAACUGCCUGGUUGGCUUGUUCCCUACUAUAAUAAUUCCUUCCUCCGGCGAAUUGGAAGUGCUCUAGGAAGAGUGGCACGCGUUGAUCAACAAAAAGCAACAAGAAUCAGGGGGAGAUUCACUCGACUAGCGGUGGAGAUCGAACUGGAUCAACCCAUGGUGUCACAAAUUGAUAUCAAAGGCAGAAUACAAAAGGUGGAGCACGAAAACAUGCCCCCAUUAUGUGCAUCUUGCAAUCGGGUUGGCCACCAAGCUGGGAACUGUCCAUACGUGACGCCUCAAGUGCCCAGAGAAGCUACUCCGCCGGAGAGUGGUAGUCGGAGUGCGGGAAACCCACCGCCGGUGGCUAGAAACAAUAGGCAAAAAGAGAACGGGAAAACACAGGAGGAAUGGGUCCUAGUACUUCCAAGGAAUAGGCCCAAACACCAUACAGAAUCUUCCCAUGUGGGCGGGGUCUCUAACGGACCUUUUUGGCCAGGCAUCGAGAUUCGAUACAUUACAGAGGUUUACAAGAGGAAGAUGAGUCUUACCCAAUGA